AUGUUGGUAGUGCUGCCGACAGACUGGCAGAGCAAAGACGGGAAAUGGAUAAAGUAUAUAGCUGGCAAUGGCAUUAAACAUCACCACACUCACAUCAUAUUUACAGCUUGGCUCAGUGACACAGGUCUUGAAAUCUGCAAAUCGGCUCUGACAUCAAAAUUGAAUGCAACUAUGGCUAUGGCACGCCCAUUCGAUCAAAUUCCGAGGCUUUUACGAAGAACUAGCUGGCUAGCCCCGGUCCCUUGGCGGUUGAAAGCCCUAAUUAACGCCAACUUGAUCUCCGCCGCCUCCGACAACAGCAUUAAUAACGUGGACCGAUCGAUCGAGCUGGUUCGGUUGUUCAUUUGGGAUUUGGAUCCUUGCUGGUAG